AUGGGCCGCUCCCCACACGGUCUCCUGUCCACACCUCGACAGGCGGGCAGCGGUUUAACUGGUGUCUUCCUGGUGCCGCGCUACAGGGCGGGCUCAGGCUGCGUGUCCGUCGCCCAGACGGAAAGCGUCUUGGAUCGGCAGCUCAACCGCGCCGCCCCCGCGCUCGAUACGCCGCCCCCGCCGCCGCCGCGUGCGCCGCGCGCGAGUGCGCAGCCGGCGGCUGGGCCGGGCCGCCAGCCUCCGCCGGCGGCUCAGUGUGGCCGGGAUGCUGGCAGCAGCGACGCCGACGCCGCACACCGCCCAGCCUCCGCUCCGCCUCCUCACGGCGACGCCGCCGCCGCGCUCCGCAGCCCGCGCGACGCCCUGCCCCCACCGCCGCGGGCCCCGGCUCAGCUGGAACGACGAAACCUUACGUCUGAUGACAUACAUAGAAUCUUGGCUGAAUUGGACAGAGAGGAAGCAGAGGGGAAAGGCCAUGAGGAAUCCCUAGAAGAUGACGUUUCCGAUGACCCAGAUUAUGAACUAGAAGGGAUUGAAGGUGAUACACAUCAGAGUGAGUCGGAAAUUGAUUUGGAAAACGGGGGAGAAAAUGACAUAGAUCAACAGGAGCUACCAACAAAUGACAUCAAAUUUUAUAUAGGUAAGGACAUGGAUACUAUUUGGGCUAGUAGUGCCAAUAUUACCAGCACAAAAUCAAAGUCAAAAAAUAUAAUCAAAAUUCUACCAGGUCCUAGAGGACAAGACAGACAACGUGAAACUCGCCUGGAAAGUUUUCAGUGUAUAGUAACUCCCGAAAUGGUAGAAGGGAUCCUAAGGUACACGAAUAUUUAUAUUGAAAGGAAAAAAUUGGCACGUCAAGCACUGGCAGAAGGAAGCAGGAACUCGAAGUACGCGAAAGGGAUUGUAAGCCGACAACAACGGCUGAAAUGCUAG